CUCUUUGUUGUGAGUAUAGAAUUGUGAACUUUAGUAGUAUUAUCUAAUUUGUUAUGUUCUUUAAUGCAUGAGUGUUGAUUCCAGUUGAAUUAAUGUAGACAGGUGAAAGCAAAAUGUUUCUUUUGGCUCUAUGUAUUUAUGCUGCCUAAAUUGAGUAUUGUGUGUUGUUAAAAGUUUCUUGUUUCCCUUGUUGUGGGGCUUUAUAUUUCUGUGCGGUUGCUUGGGGACUUGGUUUUCCCUAUAAAGAUGCAAUUUCCCUGUCAAAAUUUUGUCUAGCCUGGCAAGAAAAGAAUUUAUAGUUGCUAAAAGCUAACUUCUGAGUUUCUGAUUUGGUAAAUUUUUUAUUUUCCAAGAAGUUUGAAAAGAAGAUGAAAUUUUUGAGCCGACGGUCUAUCUGAAACAGCCUCUCUACCCCUCGGGUAGAGGUAAGGGUUGCGUACACACUACCCUCCCCGGACCCCACUUGUGGGAUGUUAUUGGGUCGUUGUUGUAGUUGUUGUUGGAAGAAGUUUGAAGUAUAAGCUUAUAAAAAAGGAGAUCCUUUUGAUAUAAGAACAAAUAAGGAAGUCGGAUUAAAGUCUGAGGAUGAUGGUUGGAUUAAUUGAUUUUGCCAUGGUGAAAAAGGGUUUCGCUGGCCGUUGUCGAGCAAGGUGGGUAUACCUCAUUUCAUGUCUUUGAACUCUGCUCAAGAUGAAAAACCAUUCAAAGCUCAAUCCGCUGCAGAUGGAGUUGACAGUUGUCUCAAACGCCAGUCUGGUGAAAUCCAGAAUGUGCAUGCAAUGCAUCUUCUCCAUGAUGUUAUGAUGCUUCCGUUUAACAGGAGCAAUCCCUCCUACAAGACUCAUUUUGGUGGUACUGGCCAGAUAUCUGCAGCUGCGACAAUGAAGCAGCAACUUCUUGGGGGAAUCCCUGUUACAGCUCCUCACUCAAUACUUCCAUCGAGUGGCUCUGUGGCUGGGAUAACUGAACCUUGGUUUAAUUCCAAAGGUUCUGCAGCACCUGCUCAACUGACCAUCUUCUAUGGUGGAACAGUCAAUGUCUUUGAUGAUAUCUCCCCUGAGAAGGCACAGGCUAUUAUGUUUUUGGCUGGAAAUGGUUGUGUUCCUCCUAAUGUGGUGCAACCAAGGUUUCAAGUUCAGGCAUCUACACCCAAACUUGCUGCCGUAGACGGCACCUGUGUGAACCAAACCUCAAACAUACUACCUGCCUCAGGUCAUUCCAGCCCUAUGUCUGUUUCUUCUCAUCCCAUUGGUCAAUCUGCUGGCAAUUCUGGAAACAAAGAUGACAUGAAGAUAUCUAAAACUGCAAACAUUUCAGUGGAGACUCCAAAGAUUAUGACAUCACUAGGACCUGUUGGGGCUUCUACCAUAAUGUCAGCAGCGGUUCCACAGGCAAGGAAAGCAUCUCUGGCUCGGUUUCUGGAGAAGCGGAAGGAAAGGGUGAUGAACGCUGCACCAUAUGGCCUCAGCAAGAAAUCGGGUGAGUGCUCCACCCCAGAGUCUAACGGAGUUGGUUUCUCUGCAACUUCCAGUGUUGGUACUAGUCCUCUGAUAGCCGGUAAGGAGACCUAGCUAUGAUGUCUGAAGGCAGCCUAUUGCCAUAAACCAUUGAAGCAUAAUCUAUUUUAUUAAGCAAGUUAAAAAGCUGUAGCUAUCAAGUUUUGCUGUUUGAAUUGUAAUAUCAACUUGGUUAGCUUUAGCCAGACUUCCUAGUAUCCGAUUUGUUUGGUCUUUUGCUGUACUUAAUUCUCUUUCAUCUGAACCUGAUGGAAUUCUCCUAUCGAAAUGACUUCCGCACUUUGUAACUAUUUAAUAUUUUGUUUCCCAAGUAUAUAUUAAUAUUAUUUAGUAAUUACAUA